UCCUGCCGGGACGGGGCCAGCCUGAGCGGGACUUUGCCGAGCUCCGAGCCGCCCUGUUAGCCGGGCAGCCGGGACCGCGCCGCUCUCUCCGGUCCGCUCCCGGUACCGGACCCGGACCCUUCUCCGCGCAGCUCGGCAAGUUGCUGCUGAGCUUAUCCCAGCUCGGUCCGGUUCUCCUCGGCUCGAUUCUGUACUUCUCGGUGUGGCUCGGUCCAGAGCGGUUCCUCUGGGCUCGGUUCGCCCCGGUGCGGGGCCAGGUCCCGGGCUGCCGUGUCAGGGCUCGGCUGUGUGCAGGGCUCCCCAGCGUGGCUGCAGCGCUGUUGCCAAGAGGAAUGCCAAAACGAAGGGGCUAAUGAGCACCAGAAAGGGAGGAUCUAUAACUUCCAGAUGGCAAGGAGCCCGUAAUCCCUUUGGGAAGAAUUAGGGACUCAUCGUUGCCGCGGAGCCUGGUGAAGGGAGCAAAACACAUCACCUCCAGUUUCAGGAGUGCUGUGAGAGGCCAAGGACAUCCCAAUGCUGACUGUGCCGGCCGCCUUGUCCCAAGCCACCUGGCUUUGUCUCAUGGAGCCCUGCUGCUGCCGGGAGCCUGUCCCUGAGCACUGAACUAUUUCUUGUUUUAAUCGAUUGCAUGUUCUCCAACCAAGCCCUGUCCGGGUCCUGCUCCUCCCAACGUGGAAAAGGACUUCUGCCCUUAACAGAAAGACUUCUUUUUGGGUUUUUAUGUCCCGUGGGAUUGUAAAGCAUCUUUCUUGUUGGAUUUGGUCUCCUAUCAAAGCAUGUUUUGAGGAAUUACAGUCUUAUUCCCAUGGCUUUAUAAACCGCUGGGAGCUGAGGGUUUCUGCCUUCCACACCGCCGCUGCGCCCACCGGUCUGCGAUGGGGCGAGAGCAGGAGCUGAUCCAGGCCGUGAAGAACGGGGACGUACCCAGUGUGCAGAAACUGGUGGCCAAGAUCAAGGCAUCCAAGAGCAAGCUCCUGGGAUCUGCCAAGCGCCUGAAUGUCAACUACCAGGAUGCAGAUGGGUUCUCAGCACUGCACCACGCAGCCCUGGGCGGCAGCCUGGACCUCAUCUCGCUGCUGCUGGAGGCGCAGGCCACCGUGGACAUCAAGGACAGCAACGGGAUGCGUCCCCUGCACUACGCGGCGUGGCAGGGGCGCGUGGAGCCCGUGCGGGUGCUGCUGCGCGCUGCUGCCUCUGUCAACAUGGCCUCGCUGGAUGGACAGAUUCCACUGCACCUCUCAGCACAGUAUGGCCACUACGAGGUGUCGGAGAUGCUGCUCCAGCACCAGUCCAACCCCUGCAUCAUCAACAAGGCAAAGAAAACCCCCCUGGACCUGGCCUGUGAGUUUGGGAGGCUGAAGGUGGCCCAGCUGCUGCUGAACAGCCAUCUGUGUGUCGCCCUCCUGGAGGGACAGUCCAAGGAUGCCACUGACCCCAACUACACCACCCCACUGCACCUGGCAGCCAAGAACGGGCACAAGGAGAUCAUCAGGCAGCUGCUGAAGGCUGGGAUCGAGAUCAACAAGCAGACGAAGACAGGCACAGCCCUGCACGAGGCUGCGCUCUACGGCAAGACGGAGGUGGUGCGGCUGCUGCUGGAGGGCGGUGUUGAUGUGAACAUCAGAAACACCUACAACCAGACAGCGCUGGACAUCGUGAACCAGUUCACCACCUCCCAUGCCAGCAAGGACAUCAAGCAGCUGCUGAGAGAGGCAUCAGGAAUCCUGAAGGUCCGAGCUUUGAAGGACUUUUGGAACCUCCAUGACCCAACAGCUCUCAAUGUGCGGGCAGGAGAUGUCAUCACGGUCCUGGAGCAGCAUCCGGAUGGGCGAUGGAAGGGGCACAUCCACGACUCCCAGAAAGGCACCGAUCGGGUCGGGUACUUCCCCCCCUCCAUCGCUGAAGUCAUCAGCAAGCGAACGGGCAUGGUUGUCCCCCGUGUGCCACCCACGCACCAGCGCCAGGGUCCCCCCGGGGCCCUCCCUGUGCCCCCCAGUGGGCUGCAGCACCUCCCCGACGAGGGUCCUCAGCAGGCAGCCCUGAGCAUCCCAGCAGCCUAUGGCCACCUCACCCUAACCCGGACGGCCCCAGGCCCUGACAGCUCAGCAGGAGACAGGAACAGUGUGGGCAGCGAGGGCAGCAUCGGCAGCAUCCGUAGUGCGGGCAGCGGCCAGAGCACCGAGGGCACCAACGGGCAGAGCACCAGCAUCCUCAUCGAGAACGCCAGGCCGCUGCCCUCCGCUGGUGAUGACCUCCAGCAACAGCAUUUGGGAUCAGAGCCACGCAAUGGGCAGAUGAUCUCCACAGCAGGGCCACAGAGCCACCAGACCCCAGGCAGCUGCCCUCCUGGAGACAGGGUCUUCUCCCAGCAGUUCUUGCGGCCUGAGCAGCUCCUGGAGGGGAAGGACGCAGAAGCCAUUUACAACUGGCUGAGUGAGUUCCACCUGGAGUCAUACACUGCUAACUUCCUCAAUGCUGGUUAUGACGUCCCCACCAUCAGCCGCAUGACCCCAGAGGAUCUGACAGCCAUCGGUGUGACCAAGCCGGGUCACAGGAAGAAGAUCUCCACUGAGAUUGGGCAGCUCAGCAUCUCCGAGUGGCUGCCCAACUACAUCCCGGCUGACCUGAUGGACUGGCUCAGUGCCAUCGGGUUGCCCCAGUACCACAAAAAGCUGGUGAACAACGGCUACGACUCCAUCACCAUUGUGACAGACCUGACGUGGGAGGAUCUGCAGGAGAUUGGCAUCAACAAGCUUGGCCACCAGAAGAAGAUCAUGUUGGCCGUUAAGAAGCUCAGAGACCUCCGCAAAAGCCUCAACCAAGCAGAAGCAACUCUGGUGAGACGCAAAGUCCCCGGCGCCCUGGACAUCGUCACCAUCGAGUCACUGGAGAACGGGGAGUGCCAGUCCCCACACACCCCCAAAAUGACAACCUUCCAGGACAGUGAGCUCAGCUACGAGCUCCAGACCGCCAUGUCCAACAGCUGCCACGAGACACUCAGCAUCAAGAGCAGCCAGGGGAUGUCACGGAGCCAGGAGAGCAUCGGGGUGCGGUCGCGGGGCUCGGGGCACUCGCAGGACAAUGUCCUGUCCAGGCACCUCUCCAGCCCCUCGCAGGAGAGCCUGGGCAGUGGAGAGAGCAGCAGCAGUAGUGGGCAGUCCUGUGCGCUGCCCCGCAGCAAGGAGAGCCCAGCUAGCCUGCCGGGGAGGCCCAGUCCUGAGCCCUAUGGGAAGCUCGUGUCCCCUGAGGGCCUGAACGGCUUUGCCAAUGGUGGGGGCAGCCCCCUCAAGGAAAGGAACCUGCCUGAGGGCACAGAUCAGUACACCCGGCCGGUGGCUCAGAAAGGUGCUGGGACACCAGUUGUCACCCCCUGUAGUCCUCCCCAGACCCCCAGCAAAGCGACAGCCCCGUAUGUCUUCAUGUACCCACACGUCUCCUUGAAAUCUCCAACCGUCCCCUCCGUGCUGGGAGCAGAGCAGCCCAAGCCCCUGGCGCACCCAUACCCCUCCGUCUCCCCUGGACAAAAGAGCAGCCUGCAGACAUCAGCCCAGAAAGCCUUCUCCUACCUGCACAGCCAGUGUGGCCCUGCAGAGGCACCAGCUACGUCACCCACUGCUGGGGUGGCCCCAGGCACCUGGCAGGCUGUGGAGCAGCACAGUGGGGGUGAAGGUUUCAAGCACAAGAAGCGUUCGCACAGCCUGAACCGCUACGCACUGUCAGACGGGGAGCACGAGGAGGAGGAGGAGGGGGUGCCCACCAGCACCCUGGGCUCCUAUGCCACGCUGACACGGCGGCCAGGCCGCAGCCAGAUGCCACGGACCUGUCUGCAGACAGAUGCCAAGGUGACCCGCAGCCAGUCCUUUGCCAUCCGGGCCAAGCGCAAGGGCCCUCCGCCGCCGCCUCCCAAGCGCCUCAGCUCCGUCUCCAGUGCCCUUGCUGCAGAGGCAGACAGCGAGCAGCCUCCUGACCCCGAGCGGCAGCCCACAGCUCCCCAGGACAUGGCUGAUGCAGGUGCCAGCCCUGGUGACAACAGCCACAGCAGGACAGUGAAGAACCUGGCAGCUGCACUGGAGGGGUCACCAGGAGCAAGUCCACCCAAGCCCCUUCUGGCCCCCAAACCACUGCACUUAGUUCAGGACUGUUUGUCCAGAGCAGGUGUGGACAAGCAGUCCUAUGAUGGUGGUGACAGCAGCACCACGCUUUCUGAUGCCAGCAGGGAUCCCUUCGAGAGCAGCAAGCCACGGAGGCGGACAGUGAGCGAGCCCAGCGCUCCCAUGACAGAGGUGGCUGCACAGGGCGGGAGGGAGGAUGCCUGCUCGGACACGGAGGAGGAGGCCAAGCCAGGGGUCUCCUCCUCAUCCUCCCAGAACAGCUCCAGUGAGUGCAUCCCCUUUGCAGAAGAAGGCAACUUAACCAUCAAACAGCGGCCAAAGCCCACUGGACACCCCAAGGCCGAUACGGCCACGCCGGACACAGAGCCCAGCUCCCAGCCGGUGGAGCCCUCCUGCUCCACGGGGAAGGAGCCGGCCGCACCCACCGCCGCCAAGGAGCCUCCCGUGCUGGAGUUCAACCUCACCGAGUCGGACACGGUGAAGCGCAGGCCCCGCUUCAGGGAGCGAGAGCCGCUGCAGGCGGUGCUGAAGGCCUUCAGCAUGGCAGGGCAGGCAGAGGCGGCGCCCAGCCCUGCGCCCCAGUACGCCCAGGCCCAGGCAGUAAGCAUCGCAGGCCCCACAGCACCCACACCAGCACCACGGCCCGAGCUGGCUGGGGAUGCCUUUGAUGAUGACAGCGUGGAGUUCAGGAUCGCCGAGAUAGAGAAAAGCAUCUUGUCGCUGGAGAAAGGGAUCAAGAAGGCACCAAGCCCCAGCAAAGCCCCCAGCCCCACAGAGCUGCUCAGCACCGCCGUGGUGAGGACUCCUGCUCCAGAUGUCCCUGCCAAGCAUACCUCUGUGGCAUCUACCAAGCUAGUCUUCUCUGGGCCCAAGACCAUCUACCAGCAAGUCCUGCAGCCCUCCCGGCACACCGUUGCUCCCUGGGCAGCCACCGAGUUGGUGCCAGAUGUGAUUGGGUCCCUGGCCGGUCCCAGCUCACUGACACUGGAGGCAGGCAGCAAGGUGUCAGUGAAGCCUUUGGCAGCUGCCCCGGGGGCCACCUUGGCCCAGCAGCGGCUAGAGCAGAGCAACCCCACCCUGGCCACCACACUGCAGGUGGCCGAGAAGACUGUCGCAGUGGAAGAUGCAGAGAGCCACCCUGGGGCUGUGCACUCCGCCAAGAACAUCCUGGAAGACAUCAGCAAUAUGUUUGAUGACCUGGCUGACCAGCUGGACGCGAUGCUGGACUGAGGCUUACUCCCACCUUCCCCUCCCUGUGUCCAGAUGCUCUGCCAGUGCCCCUCGUGACAGGGGGAGCGUGGAUCUGGCACCGAGUGGUGCCUCCAGGUCUCUCCAGCCGCCUCCCUCCCCACACUUUGCACUGCGGCUGGGAACGCAGCUCCCCCUCGGUGCCCACCCCUGGCUCUGUCUCACACGGGCCAGCGUGGGCUGCUUCCCGAGGGGUCAGGCCUUUCCCACCAGACUGGUAGCAGGACGAGAGCCCAGAGGCUGCACAUGUGGUCCUGGAGGCCAUGGAGAAGCCCUCACUCCCCUGCACAGAGCCGAGGAGCCUCCACAAGGGACCUUUCUCUUCCCCAACGCAGUCCUGCCUCCUAUUAUUUAUCCCCUGCCAACAAUGUGUCAAAGGAGAGACCUCCCCCGGGCAGCCGCCACCGAGCUGGCUAUUUACUGAGCAGAUCCCAGCCCCGGCAAGGCCUGACAGCAGCUAACAGAAGACAGGGCCUGUCACAAAUUGGCAGCUUGCAGGGCGAGAAGGAACCUUUCUGCUUUAUUUGUUGCUUUUCCAAACGCAUCAGCGUCAGGCAGCGUGUAAUCCGAGUGGAUCCAAAUCCCUCCAGUGGGACCCACAAAGCCCUCGAGGCCGGGCUGGCACAGCCUGCAAAGCAGCGGAUGCUCUGCCAUGGACCUGCUGGACGUGGGAGUCUACCUGCCUCUUCCCUGAAGCCGUGAGGAUGGUGAUGGCAGAGCUGAAGGCCUGUGUGUUUGUGCCAGUCCAGCUGGAUGGUGCUGCUAAAUGGUGACUGCCCUCUGCCGACGCCAAGCCUAGGCACACCGGUGCUUCCGGGCUGAAGGAG